CAGUCUGCUUCCAGUUUCUCCCUGGAGAAUGCUCGUUGGCUUAGUCGGAGUUUGGCUCUCCUAACACGCGCUUCGCAGCCACUCCAUUAACUCGCCGCAUCACAGAGAACCGCCUCGUAAAUUGACAGAAAAUCGUCUUCGCCGUCGAAGAUUUUCGAAUAUCCUGCGCGGUGCUCGUCGACCUUCGUCCCUUCGAAUAAUCCGGCGUCGAAAACGUUUCCCCGAGAGUCAAGAAAAACCGUCCAGGACCAUUUCCGACCAGUGCCUCGCGAUCAUUUUGCAAUAGCCGGGGCAGUGUGUUUAUUGGACGAUAGAAGUCGAAAUCCUGAAGCAUUUCGACAACUUCGCGCGGAUAAGAAAUGUGGGGGAAGCAGUGUCGUCGGGAUAUCGAAGGCAGAGGAUGAUCCACGUUUCGAAGGUGCGCGGUUCCUCGGAGCAAAGGGAAGCGGGCGCGUAAGGAUGCGCUUACGCAGGAAGCGGUGCAUGUCCCGGUGACGCUACAGAGACUUGGAAAAAAAGCCAUACGCCGAUCAUCACCGCGGAAGCACGGAUGACGCGAUGAGACUGAGUCCUAUUAUCUUGUCGUGGGCCACGGCGAGCUGGCUCGGUCCAACCGGAACUACGGCGAUACGGGCCCAGCCGUCGAAGGACUACGAGUUGUCCACGGAAUUCUUCCUGGUACCUAGCGACGCGGCGAUGGACAAGAACGGUUUGGCCAGCGUGGCCAGUGUCAUCAGCGUUCCAGCGCCGAACAGGACCGUUUCGGUGUUCAGGCUGCCUCCUGGAAAAAAGAGCCCGGAGAUCGAGGCCGAUACUCAACCGUACCCGAGGUCCUUGCUCAGACAACGACCCUGGGCUCUUCCUCUGGCGGCCCUUAGCGCGGCCACGAUGCUCCUCAUGGCUGGCUUCGAGGUUUUCGUACUGCUCAAGGCAAGAGUAACCGCGCCAAAUAGACGACAUUUAUUUUUGGGACAAGCUCUCCUUUUAGGCCUCUUCCUCUUGGCAGGACUCUCAGCAGCAGCGUCUCUCAGUCAAAAUCCUCUAUCCUGCGCCGCCUUUCGACUAGUUGGUUUACCCGCUACUCUUGUAUUUGCGGCUCUCUUGGUUAAAUGCGUCUUCUUACUUUCUUUGAACAGUGGCAUUUAUCUACCUGCACCGUAUCAGGCAUUAGUAUUGGGCUUCGCAGUGCUGGUGCAGGUAGCUAUCAUUGGACAAUGGUUUUACGGUGAACCGCCAGCCGUUGUUCAGGUACACAAUACAGGAUCAAUCUCUCCGACAUCCUGUUGCAAAACUCCUCUCGGACAGAUUGUGGCCUCCCUCGGGUAUCCUGGGGCUCUUCUCGUGGCCGUGGCAUGUUUAGCAGUCCGAGCACGAGGUGUGCGAGACAACAACCGGGAAGCGGCGUUUAUCGGCCUCGCGGUUGGUUUAUCACUUCCGAUUUGGAUAUCGAGCGCGAUCGGCUCGGUGGCAGCGUCCUCGGAAAGCGACAGAGAGGCCUGGCUGGCCUAUGGACUGUUAACUACUUCCCUACUGGUGUUCCUGACGAUGUUCCUGCCGAAGGGUCGGCAGCUGGCUGCGCUUGGUCGUGAAGCUCCUGAUACAGUGAUUCGUGAUCGCGACGACGCCUUGAGCUCGCUUCCUGGCAGCGGUUACUCGCCUUCCUUCUUCCACUUUAAGCCGGCCGAGGCUUCCUUGAAGAGAAAGCUGCAUUAUCACAGUGCUGAUCGUGUAGCAUUAGUUUCAUCCGCUUUACCUGGAUGCACUGCCUGCAGGCACGGUGGAAGUCCCAUAUACUCCGAAGAUGUUCACGGGCCGAUGGAAACAUUCGUUUUGCCACCUGGGAUGUACUUGAGGCCAGAAGAGGCUGGAAACUUAUACACUACCCUAUCGGCGAAUCCGAAUGUGUUUUUCCAGCGAGCGGCUCAUCCAGGAAUGAUGUAUUAAUUGACAGUUCUGUGUAUGUGAUAAAAGAACGCUUGGUUUCUUAGAUUAGAUAGCCGCGAAGAAACAGACUACGGUUUCCGGCGUUCGGCUUGUUAUUGUCAUUCACAUUAUGCGCGAGUAUCAUCUGAGACUUUGGUGUUCAUUUUGCAGUGACGGUGCUCGAUUAUUUCAAUAACGAAUCAAACGAGAGUCCGCUGGAAGCGACUUUCACGAAAAAAUGUAAUAAAGGUACGAUAUACCUUCUUUCGUAAUGUCUUUUUUUCUCCAUCACUUACAUAUCAUAUAUUGUAUAAGAUUUUCACGAAUGCCUGUUUCAAUUAUUUUAUUAUAUUCAGCAUGUCGAUGUAAAAUAUCUUUGUAGCACGUAAGAUUAAAGACUGGAUCUUAAUAUAA